UCCGCUCCGUCCCGACCUUCUCUCCUCUCGCCUAGCUCAGCUCGUCCAUGGGAUUAGGACCGCCUUGACUUUUCGCGUCCAUCUCCAUGUUGAGUGCCGCAUCUGCAACCCCCUGAGUCCUGAGCGAGGAGAAUCCUCUUGUACCCGGCGCCCGCAAUCUUUCGUCCUUGCUUGCCGUCUCUUCUUGCAUCUUGCUGGCUGGCAUUGGUGGGCGAUGGGGAACUGCGCGGCCAGCGGGGAGACCACGGUGACGGCGGCCGGCGGGGACGAGGACGGCAGGAAACGGAGGAGGAGGUGGAAGGCGCCGCGGGAGGACCAGCUGGGCAUGGUCCCCGGCCGGAUCUUCUCCAACGACGGCCGCAGCCGCACCGCCUCCGUCUUCACGCAGCAGGGCCGCAAGGGGAUCAACCAGGACGCCAUGCUCAUCUGGGAUGGGUUCGGCGGGGAGGACGACGGCGUGCUGUGCGGGGUGUUCGACGGGCACGGGCCGCACGGCCACCUGGUGGCGCGCAGGGCAAGGGACUCGCUGCCGCUCAGGCUCAUGUCCGCCGCGCGAGCCUCGUCCAAGAACGGGCUCGACUUGCCGGCCGCAGCCUGGAGGAAGGCCUUCGUGCGCGCCUACAAGGCCAUGGACAAGGACCUCCGCUCCCACCCCUCCCUCGACAGCUUCUGCAGCGGCAGCACCGCCGUCACCGUCCUCAAGCUCGGCUCGGAUCUUUACAUGGCCAACAUUGGGGACUCUCGCGCCGUCCUCGGCUCCAGAGACGCCGCUGCCGGCGGCAUGGUGGCCGUGCAGCUCACCGUUGACCUCAAGCCCGAUGUCCCCAGCGAGGCGGAGCGGAUCAAGAAGUGCAGGGGCAGAGUGUUCGCGCUGCAGGACGAGCCGGAGGUGCCGAGGGUCUGGCUGCCGUUCGACGACGCGCCGGGCCUAGCCAUGGCGCGGGCCUUCGGGGACUUCUGCCUCAAGGAUUACGGCGUCAUCUCGGUGCCGGACUUCUUCCACUGGUCUCUCACGGACAAGGACCAGUUCGUCAUCCUUGCGUCCGACGGGGUCUGGGAUGUCCUGAGCAACCAAGAGGCUGUUGACAUAGUGUCCUCCUCCCCGAGCCGUUCAAAGGCGGCAAGGGCUCUUGUCGAGGCAGCUAAUCGUGAAUGGAAAACAAAGUAUCCAACAUCCAGGACUGAUGACUGUGCAGUCGUUUGCUUAUAUUUGGAUGGCAAGAUGGACCAUGAACGUGAUUCAACCGCCUCUAUGGAUAACAUCAGCAUUGAGGAUGGCUCAGUUGCAGAUCCCAACGAAGCGCAGGAGCAACAGGAGCCCACCUUAACUCGUAAUUUCACAGUAAGGACUGUUCCGGGUAGUGCUCAAGAGAAAGCUUUGUCCGGUGUAGACGCUAAGAUUUCUGGUGCAGCUGACGAUCAUAAUUGGUCAGGCCUCGACGGAGUUACACGGGUGAACUCGCUCGUCCAGCUUCCCAGGUUCUCCGAGGAGAAGGCAAUCGGCUGACGAGCUGCCAGCACAAUUCUAGCACUCUUACCCCCCUUAUUUUCCUGGUUGUUUGUUGUUCUGGGUUUAGCUUAGUAGUCAGUUGUUUCAGAGAAAAUUGUAGAAAUGAAACAAGCUUCUGAUUUGAUGUGGCGCUGUACUUCUUAGCAAGCCUCCCGGAGCUGCGCUUAGAAUUUGGGUUGCGCCUUUGAGCCCAGCAAAAACUGUACAUCUUGAGUGAGAAAAGUCCACAUCUUCAGGUGUUGCUCAAUCAUUUAUGAAGAUUGGUGGCGCUCCUGGAAGAUUAAAUCAAAGCAACGCAUUUGUCUGAACACUUUUGUGCAGUUUUGCUGGGUUCAAACGAGCAACCGAUGAUCCUAAGCACAGUGGCCGCGAGGCACGCCAGGCCCCAGGGAUCUGGGAUGAUACUAUUGUCGGAUGAUCUGGAAAUUUCCCACUGGCAUUUGCUUUCUAGAGGGGUGUGAUGUUUAGACUUUUUCCCGGUGUAGCUUUUGUUGACAGCAGGCAAUGCGCUGUGUCGGGUUGCCGAUUUGCUA